ACCAGCCAGCCACAGCCAGCGCCGAGCCUGCCGAGAGACGAGUGAGCAGAGGCAGAGCCAAAGCGAGCCAGUUGGUCUGAGCGGGUGGUGGUGAGAGGUUGUACGUGCAAUACAAUGAGGCGAGUGCUGCGUGUCUCCGCGGUGAAUAUAGGAGUGUCUGAGGAGUGGGAGUAGUGGUGCAGCAUGACGGCGGAUAUCACCACAGUGGGCAGCAUCACCAUGGGCCGAAAGGGGGAGAAAGAGGUGAUUCACUCCGGUCACUUCAUGGUGUCAGACUUCGAGGCGGACGCACAGGAUGACGAGGAGAACGUGUUGCUGGAGAUCCCGGGGGACAUAAUGGAGGAGUCCGUGGGGCCCAGUGAGCAGGGGAGGAUCCGCCACCAGCAGGAGCAGGGCGUGAUCACCUACGCCAAGAAGAGCAGCAGGGCGAAGAUGGAGACAUUGAGCAUCGACAGUUCCCUCACGAAGCUAUUCAACGCUAUGUCCAUCGCUUACAGACACAAGAUAACGUCGCCGAAAUGGAACCGCUUCAAGGGACUCAAGCUGCGGUGGAAAGACAAGAUUCGCCUCAACAACGUCAUUUGGCGCUGCUGGCACAUGCAGUUCAUCAGGAAGAAGAGAAUGACGGUGUGCCAGUUUGCUCUAGACGUGGACAUUCAUAAUAAGCCUGAGGCCAUCGUGCUGGAGGGGAAGUACUGGAAGAGACAGAUGGAGGCGGUGACGGCGGAGUACAAGAAGUGGAGGAUCUAUUACCGGAACAAGAUAUGCGGCAAGAACAUUCUGGAGUCUGACUCGUCAGUGAGCCCAUCGGGGAAACAGUCAAAUUCCUUAGUAGAAACCCCUAAGAAGAACCUGUUUGACCUGGAUGGCAUGGACCUGACCCGUAACAGCUAUGGAGUGCCGCUAUCCUUCGAGGACGGAGACUUCUCGGAAUUCAUGGAUUUCACGGACGUCCUCUUCUCCUCCCUCAUGAGUGCCCCGCAGCCCUUCGCCUUCCCUAACCCUCGUGAGAUUGCACGAGGGACAGGCAACUCUGACUUCAUCCAGCCAGGCCUGAUCCAGCUGCAGCCCAACCUAGAUGACUUCAUGGACAUUGUGGAGCCUCUGCAGGAGAUGCUGGCUGUGCGUGGGGCCGGGCUGCCGUCUGUACCGGAGGAGGACAUGCUGCCGGAGGUGGAGGGGGCCGCCCCGGACCUGCCCGUGGCCCCCUCCGCUCCGGUCACCACGGCCCCCACCACCACAGGGAUGCUGUACUCCACCUCCCCGACCACCACUACCUUUCUGCCCUCCCCAACACACCACCAGCAGCAGCAGUACCGCCCCGCCAUACACCACCACCAGCACCACCAGCAGGAUGUGCAGCAGCAGCAGCAGGCGCGAGAGCCACAGCAGCAACCGCAGCAGCGGCAGCAGCAGCAGUUGGUACCGGUGCCCACACAGUCACCUCCUGUGUACCAGUCUGCCGUGCCCCUGCAGCAGCUGCCUCAGCCCUCCACGCCGCCCCACCAGCUGCAGCAGGCCCACACCCCGCCGCUGCCCCGCACCUUCCUGCGCAGCCAGAGCCAGCAGGAGCUGGGCGCGGGGCAGGCAGCGGCUGCGGCACCUCAGCACGAUGCCUUCGCCGUGCCCCAGUCUGUGCCACGGCGCCGGUCCCACAGCUCAGGGGGCAGCAGCAGUGGCAGCAGCAGUGGGGCCAUAGUGGGCUCACCAUCACUGGCUCCCUACCAGAUGAUCAGUGGCCUUCCCAACCCUGCCCCAGCCCAAAUGCCACCGUCAACCCUUCCCCACAUAGCCCCAGCCCCAGCCCCACCUCCUGCCGUGGCCCAAGUUCCGGCCUCCCUGAUGGUGCAAGCCCCAGUCCUUGCCUCAGUCCAGGCCAACGGUUCUUCCUCCACGCCAGCCUUGCUUGCUCAUCUUCUCACCUCAGGUUCAUAUCAAGUUGCUGGUAGCAGCAGCAGCAGCAGCAGUAGUAGUAGUAGCAGCAGUAGCAGCAGUACCCUGUCAGUGACCAGUGUGGCACAGCCAAUGGUCAGCACAAGUCGCCACAAGACUGAAGGCGACGGCAUCAAGACCACGUCCCUUGUCAUCCCUGGCCUUAUCACAGGCUGCGGCUCCCCCACCACCAGCUGCAUCACCAGCAACAACACCGUGUACACCCUGAGUAGUGACAUGUGCAGCGUGAAGCCAGUGGCCACAGCCUCCCUCAUCAUGCCACCCAUCACCCUGUCAGCCGUCACGCCAUCCAACCUCAAAACACAAACAUAUUCUCAGUCAAUCCCACCAUGGAGUAGCCCGUGUUCUCCUCCCAGCCUCAUGAAGCAGUCCCCGCCCCACCCCGAGCCCACCUCCCCACACAUGGUCAACAUCCCCUCACCCCCCAACAAGGCCUUCAGGCCAAAGAGUGACUCAGAUAGGGUGCAGUACAAGGAGCACCGACGAGUGUGUCACAUCAACGCAGAGCAGAAGCGUCGCUCAAACCUGAAAAACAACUUUGACAUGAUGCACCAGUUGAUCCCUUCCAUCAGUCAGAAUGCCAACGCCAAGAUCAGCAAGGCAGUCAUGUUGCAGAAGGGAGCAGAAUACAUCCAGCAAUUGAAAUCUGAGAGGCAGCAACUGACUGAGGAAGCAGAGAAGCUCAGAUCACAGAUAGAGAACCUCAGCUUUGAAAUCAGCAAUGCCCAAGCACAGCUGCCAGCCACAGGUGCCCCCAUGACCCACGCCCGCUACAGCAAGCUCAAGGAGAUGUUCUCAGCAUAUGUGAAAGAGCAGACGCUGGCUAACUGGAAAUUCUGGAUCUUCUCGUUGAUCACAGAGCCUCUGCUGGAGUCAUACAAUAACAGUGUGAGCACAAGUUCUGUCGACGAUCUUUGCCGCUCCUCCCUGGCCUGGCUGGAUCAACAGUGCUCCCUCAAUACCUUGCGGCCUUUGGUGUCCAGUUCAAUGAGGAAGCUAAGCACCACCACCAACGUGCUGGCGAACCCUGAGGGGCUGCCGGAGGAGGUAUUCCGGCGCGUCACCAAGCAAGAGGGGGAGCGCUUCUACCCCCGGUGAUACUGGCUUCGUUCCUCCACCCCUCCCUCUCCCCCUGACAGCCACUGCCAGGAGCCAGGAGUGUGAUGGGCUUGAGGGGGAUGCAGGGAGUCUUGGGGGAGGGCUGGGCUAGGCUUGGUUGGGCUGGAUUGCCACAGAGAAGACACGUCCUUCACUACCAUGCUUUUGUCAGUGUAUCAUUUAGGGGUGUUGUGUGUGCUGGCAGCGAGUCAUGUAUGUACAUAUGUAUGUGUGUGUGUGUGUAUGUGUGUGUGUGUGUGUGUGUGUGUGUGUGUGUGUGUGUGUGUGUGUGUGUGUGUGUGUGUGUGUGUGUGUGUGUGUGUGUGUGUGUGUGUGUGUGUGUCGUCCAUGAACUGAGGUCUGGAUGAUGUGAUACUACCAAUGCAACGCCUCUAACUGAGCGCAUGGGGGGAGGGGGAGGGGACGCCUGGACAGACACAGGUGAAAACACAAAAUAAAUCAAUCAGCUUGAAGUACAAAUCCUUCUCUGGUCGCCUCUCUGCCUUGAGUGGCCACAGCUUAGAGAGAGAGAGAGAGAGAGCUCCUUUGUGUGACAGUGUGUACAGAUUGCAGACCCUUGUGCCAAGAGACAAUACGGGGCGCUUUACUUACAGAAAGAGAAGGAGUGACUCACCAAUAGAAUAUGAGUUUUAAAGGCAGACAGCCCUUCCCUAUAUUUGAUACUGUUUUUACUCUCGCUGCCAGACAGUGUUUUAGUGUAGCAGGAGGAGAUGAUGAAGGGCUGGCCAAGGCUCACCUCCUCCUCGUCAGCAGUGAUUCUUUGCAGUUACUAUACACGCGAGCAGGAACUAUCGUGUGUUUGAGUGUAUGUUUGUAUGUGUGUGUAUAAUAUUAUCUCCUAGGUUGUAUUUUUUUUUAAUUAUGCUAGCAAGAUAAUACAAAAGUUAUAUGUAUUUAUUAUUAUGUAUUUUGUUAUGUUUGAUGAAGAGGGGGCCACAGGUAGACAGAUUAAUUGGUCCUCAGUUCUCACACACUGAUGAUUUCUUGAGUAUUUAAUGUUAAUCCAAGUGAGAGGUGAAAGUUGUGAAGAUGUUUUACAAAUAAAGACAUUUACUACAA